GCUGCACAGCUCAACGAUUUUCUGGAUCAGCUUCCCGAAGUGCCUCGAAAUAAGGUCUUUGUUGAUGACUCGGCAGGGUACCAGGCUUACUCUGCGAUGAACUUUGGUCGCCUCGGAAGCAAACCCGUGGAGGGAGUGUCCUUGGAGGCACCCGAUCUGGGAGGCGUGGAGGGACUGUUUCGCUACUUCAGCAAGAUGACGUCUUUGGCUCCACAGCAGAGAGACGCAAGCGGAGUGCCGGAGGGAGUGCUCCUUCUCGGUGGCACUUUCGUUGUACGGGGUGCAGAGGUGGCGUAUGCCUGGGCAGACAGAAUUCCUGGUGACUAUCCCAGGCCAGCAGAAGUUUUCGCGGGCUUGGCGGACACAGAUUAG